UGAACUGGCCCUGUCGUCUGAUUGGCUCAUUACACUGACAUGAGGUCUAUCCUGUGCAUCUUUUUAGUUUAUCUCUCGAGCCACAUGGCCGGCCUUCAUUCAGAUUUAUUCUCAAGUACCGUCGAUCAGCUCCUGUUGGCAUCCUGCUCCCUUGCUUUUAGCUGCCUGUCUGUCUCGGAGCAGCCUGUAACCGCAAACAUCGGCUUCCUCCUGCAUACACCACUGACUCACUGCUGUAAAUCAUCUUUCACUAGGCUCAGGCGAAGUUUCCUGUGCCAAAAGCAGCCUUUAUUCUAAGAAUUGCUUCACCAGCAUGCGCUAGUAGUGGCUGAUAUAAAGGAGAAGAGACGAGACAAGCUUUCCAUUCUUCGUCGGCCGAUCCUCUGGGCAUGUGUUGAGUGAGAGACCCCUCAGUGGUAUGUUACAAUGGACGGACAGCACAGCCAUCUUCAGCACACUCUAGAGGACCAGAACAAGCAGCUUUACCCGAUGCCAGGCCAGGAAUACCAACUGGAAGCACAGAGGAGUAUGCCCACAUGCCGGUACUACAGCAGGCUGGCAGACUUCCGGAUAGAGAAGAAAAUUGGCAGAGGACAGUUCAGCGAGGUUUACCGGGCAACAUGUUUGUUGGAUGGGAAGCUGGUGGCGCUAAAGAAAGUCCAGAUUUUUGAAAUGAUGGAUGCAAAAGCUAGACAAGACUGCAUCAAGGAAAUAGACCUUCUAAAGCAACUGAACCACCCCAAUAUCAUUAAAUACUUGGACUCCUUCAUUGAAGACAAUGUACUGAACAUCGUUCUCGAAUUAGCGGACGCCGGCGAUCUCUCCCAGAUGAUAAAGUAUUUUAAAAAGCAGAGGCGGCUGAUCCCAGAAAGGACGGUGUGGAAGUACUUUGUGCAGCUGUGCAGCGCCGUGGAGCACAUGCACUCCCGCAGAGUCAUGCACCGAGAUAUUAAGCCAGCUAAUGUAUUCAUAACAGCAACUGGAGCAGUGAAACUGGGAGAUCUGGGGCUGGGACGCUUCUUCAGUUCUAAAACCACAGCAGCACAUUCCUUAGUGGGAACUCCAUAUUACAUGUCACCGGAAAGAAUACACGAAAACGGAUACAAUUUCAAAUCCGAUAUCUGGUCCCUGGGCUGCUUAUUAUAUGAGAUGGCAGCCCUCCAGAGUCCAUUCUACGGUGACAAGAUGAACCUUCUCUCUCUGUGCCACAAAAUAGAGCAAUGUGACUACCCACCACUGCCCACAGAGCACUACUCCGACAAGCUUCGAGAACUGGUGAGCAUGUGUAUAAAUCCAGACCCCGGUCAGAGGCCCGACAUCGUGUUUGUCCACCAAAUCGCCAAACAGAUGCAGCUCUGGACCUCCAGUACCUGAAGCAGUUGUCGGCAGAACGUCUGGGAAGGAAAUCAGAAGUCCACUCCGAUUCAUCCACUCUACCACAUUUUGGUCUUACUUGAAUUCUACCUGGAAAUGAAAUGAGCUUUGUGAAAGUCAAAGCCUGCAGAAAUUCGAUUUUUUUGUUUAUUUCCUUAUGUUUGUUUUAUUGUUAAGGAGAAGGAACGUCUUUAAAGGGGGUUUGACAGGUGCGAUGGCACCGGAUGUCUGGCAAGGUGGUGACAAAGAAAAAUGAUAUUUAAAAUGUCGCAGGGCAAGGAUUUUAAUUCUUUAUAUUUUAGAAACCCUAUUAAAAUGCAGUGUGAUCAUAUAAAGGAAAACUAACGUAUUAACACGUCUAAGGCGGUAGCGUAUAUUGCAGCUAUGUAAACUUGGCACAUUUAGGCCAGUGAGAGAGCCGCUGGUACCGUUUAUACUACUUAUAUUUAGUAACUCUCAAAUUGUAUGCAUUUUUUUUUCUUCUUUUGUGAAUGGCGGAGGGAAGCUGCCGGUGAGAGUUCCAGUGCCGCCGUCCCGAUGUGGGCUCGGUUAUUGUUUUUUUUUGUUUUUUUUUUAAUGCUGCGUUGUCUGCUCUUCUGCUGGCAUUUCGAGCUCAGAGGAUGCCAGCUUUUAAAUCUUGUAAAUGCAAGAAUGCAGAAUUUCACAUUGAGGGGGCCGGGAGUUGUGUACAGAGAUGAUCACAAAUUCCGCAAAAUUUCAAAGGACUUAAACCAGAAGUAUUUUUUUUUUUUCUCAAACUGUGAAAAGAAGGAGAAAUGUGAAAUAAAAUGGUCAAUCGUACGACCAAAAUGCCUUAUAUGAGGCUAGAGAUGAUAGCCGGACUGACACUCAACAGUGGCAGCCCCACACAUCACGACGAACAAUAGUGUCAGUUUCUUUUUUUGUUUUUUAUUUGCGAGCGAAAUCAUUUGUCUGUUUGUUUAGCCGGAUUGCCUUCUGUGUCAUCGUCGUAUACGAGUGUAAAAGAAUUGUGACAUGUGCUCAGGUCCAAAUGGCUGUGCCUGUGGGUGAAUUUGCUUCACGAUGGAUUUGCUGCAUGUGACUCUGACUCCCCAAAUCUGGUCAUAUGGGUGGGUGGGUGGGGGAGUGGGUAGAGAUUCGACUGCCAGCCUGGCCCGGGCUUCUCUUUGCAUGUGAGGCUAGGGAUCUGCACUGGCAAUCGGAAGGUUGCCGGUUCGAAUCCCGUAAAUGCCAAUAGGGACUCUGCUCUGUUGGGCCCUUAACCUGCAAUUGCUGAGCGCUUUGAGUAGUGAGAAAAGCGCUAUAUAAAUGCAAAGAAUGAUUAUUAUUAUGUGCGUUAGGGUUAUUGGUACCACAAAGCGGGUGGGUACAGUGAGCGAGUCCAGCGGUCUUCAGUGCUGCAUCAAGGGAUGGACAGUAAGCCAUUUUGAUACAACCAGUUAUUUCUUAUUACCAUCAGCAUUAUCAACAGGGUAUUAUUUUAAGACUAGGGUUAUGAGACUCCCCACAUUCAUUACCAGAUUGGUCUACUCUCACACCUUAAGCGUAACACACACACACACACACACACAGAUCCUAUCCACAUAAGCACCAUAUGAGUGAAUCCUGCAUUAAAUCAUCAGCCUUCCCAAGAUUCCCUAGUGCUAGAUAGUGCAGACUGAAGACAUGAAUGAAUGAACAUCAGACCAUUUUGAUCCAGCCAAUUAUUUCUUAUAUCAUCAUCAUCAGCGUAUCAUUUUAGGAUGAGGGAGAUGAGACUUGCCAUGUCCGUUACUUGAUUGGUCAACUCUCGCACCUUAAGCCCAGCACACACAUAGAUCCUACUCACAGAAUUAUUGUAUAAGUGAUGCACACCCCACCAACCACUGUCUAGUACUACACAUAAGUAACGUAUGAGUGAUUCCUGCAAUAAAUCAGUGGCCUUCCCAAGAUACCCCAGUGCUAGACAGUGCAGACUCAAAGACCUGAACGGAUGAUCAUCAGACCAUUUUGUGUAUUAUUUUAGGAAGAGGGAGAUGAGACUCACCAAGUUUGUUACCAGAUUGGUCUACUCUCGCACCUUAAACUUAACACACACACACACUCAGACAUGGACAACCUAUCUACACGAGUACCAUAUGUGUAAUGAUCCACCACCAGCCACUCCCUAGUACUCCACAUAAGCACCAUAUGAGUGAUUCCUGCAUUAAAUCAAUGGCCUUCCCAGGAUUCCCCAGUGCUUGCUAGACGGUGCAGACUCAUAGACCUGAAUGGAUGACCGUCAGACCAUUUUAAAUCCAAUUAUUUCUUAGCAUCAUCAUCAUCAUAAUUAUCAGUGUAUUAUUUUAGGAUGAGGGAGAUGAGACUCACCAAGUUUGUUACCAGAUUGGUCUCCUCUCGCACCUUAAACUUAACACACACACACACAGAGACAUGGAAAAGCUAUCUACACGAGUACCAUAUGAGUAACGAUCCACCACCAGCCACUCCCUAGUACAGUUACCGUCCCAUGAGCAUCACGUCCACUUUUCUUGAUGAAUUCAUUUGUCACUUGAGUCUUUGCUUUUUCUUCUUUUCUGCCUUAGGUUACACUUUUAGAAAAAUUGGAGAAACAGUUUUGUACACCAACCUAUCUUAACGCUGUGUCUCACAACCACCAGGUCACAGUCUGUCGCCGGUGGUUUGGGAGUUGGUCGCAGUGGGGUACACCCUAUUGGAACCCCCCCCCCCCCCCCCCCCAACUCCCCCUUACACUAGUAGUUUGCAAGGACAUUUACAUGAGGAAAAAGUGGGUCACGACACCAAAAUUGUUGAGAAACACUGCCCUAAAGCAGGGGCCGCCAGCUCGGACCACCGUGGCUGCAGGUUUUCAUUCUAACCCUUUUCUUAAUGAGUGACCGGUUUUUGCUGCUAAUUAUUUGAUUUGCUCUUGAAGACUCAGACCCCUUAAUUGUUUCUUUAUCCUUAAUGAGCAGCCAAACAAUAAUGACAUACAAAAUGAGCCAAAACAACUGGUGUCCAUCAUACGAUAUCUGAAAAUAGAGAAAGAUGAAGGUCUCAGGAAUGUCGAUCUGCUCAGGUCCACAAAACAUUUUCACAGAAAAGAGAAAAUCAACAAUUUCGGAAAUGUCUGCUGAUAGAUAGAUAGAUAGAUAGAUAGAUAGAUAGAUAGAUAGAUAGAUAGAUAGAUAGAUAGAUAGAUAGAUAGAUAGAUAGAUAGAUAGAUACUUUAUUAAUCCCAAGGGGAAAUUCACAUACUCCAGCAGCAGCAUACUGAUAAUAACAAUAUUAAAUUAAAAGAGUGAUAACAAUGCAGGUAUACAGACAGACAAUAACUUUGUAUAAUGUUAACGUUUACCCCUCCCCCGGGUGGACUUGAAGAGUCACAUAGUUUGGGGGAGGAACGAUCUCCUCAGUCUGUCAGUGGAGCAGGACGGUGACAGCAGUCUGUCGCUGAAGCUGCUCCUCUGUCUGGAGAUGAUACUAUUAAUUGGAUGCAGUGGAUUCUCCAUGAUUGACAGGAGUCUGCUCAGCGCCCGUCGCUCUGCCACAGAUGUCAAACUGUCCAGCUCCAUGCCAACAAUAGAGCCUGCCUUCCUCACCAGUUUGUCCAGGCGUGAGGCGUCCCUCUUCUUUAUGCUGCCUCCCCAGCACACCACCGUGUAGAAGAGGGCGCUCGCCCCAACCGUCUGAUAAAACAUCUGCAGCAUCUAUUGCAGAUGUUGAAGGACGCCAGCCUUCUAAGGAAGUAUAACCGGCUCUGUCCUUUCUUACACAGAGCAUCAGUAUUGGCAGUCCAGUCUAAUUUAUCAUCCAGCUGCACUCCCGGGUAUUUAUAGGUCUGCACCAUCUGCAUACAGUCACCUCUGAUGAUCACGGGGUCCGUGAGUGGCCUGGUCCUCCUAAAAUCCACCACCAGCUCCUUGGUUUUGCUGGUGUUCAGUUGUAAUGCACCACGAGAGCAGCAACAAGCCAUGAAAUUAAAGAACAGGUUUAAUUAACGACAAGAAUCGGUGCCUCAUUAAGUAGCUGGUUGGAGUGAAAUUGGUUGGAUUUUGUAGCCCUGACUUAGUUGGUCUUCUGUUGGCUCCCUCAUUUCACAUUUCUCUUUGGGUGCCAUUUAACGAAAGAAAUGAAGCAAUUCAGAGGAACAAAUUUUAAAAAAGCACUUCAAUUAAAGUGAAUUCACAAGAAGUUAAUUAGCAGCACAAACUCAUUUAAGAAAGGGUUAGAAUGAAAACCUGCAGCCACGGUGGUCCUCCAGGACCGGACUCGGCGACCCCCUGCCCUAAACAACACAAUACCAACAACCGCACUGUACCACAAUAAAAUCCUGAACUUUUUAAAAGUAGUCCUUGAGAAAUUCACAACACAGGACACUGUAGGUAAGAAAGCGAGUUAAGUUGUAUCUUGUCAAUUGGCUCGAAGGCCUCUGAACACAUCAGAAACUCUAAAGUUAAUGCUUCCCUUUUAAAGUCUAAAUAUGAAUCACUGGAAAGCUCAAAUAGUUCAUCCAUCGUGUUGCUCUCAUCUCACGGCACUCCCACCCACUGACCAAUGCACAUUACUGAGGACAGAAAGACUGAAACUUGCAGGCCACCGCAGUGACAUGAGCACACUGCCACUCGUGGAAAUAAGAAAAGAGCUACGAACACAACCCAAAGAGAUGAAGGAUUUCAAUGUCAUGAACUUGUUCUGUGCUGCUUUGAUGUGACUUGAGGAGCAGUACGCUCUUUUUGUUUUUUUUUGCAAGCUGUUCCAUAAACCAUGUAUGCAUAUUCCUGAAUAAAAGUGUACAUUUUAAA